AUGGCCAGUACAGGCGAUGCAGGGCACGGAAGGCACAUGUCACUUCCCCCGCCUCCUCCACUACCGCAAGGUGCUACAGGAUCGAGGUCAUCAUCGCAGAGCCGCAUUGAUACGUAUGGCGAUCGGGCUUCCUUUGGUACGGGGCAGAGACCGUCUACCGCCGUCUCUCAGGCUCAGGAGAGUCUGCAGCCUUCAUCCUCGGCCAGUGAACCGUACCAUAUGACUCCUACUCCUCAGUUUGAUAAUUUCACUCGUGCACCAGGCUCCAAAAGAGCUGUUUCCGCAGGUCCCAUGGUCGGCAGUGCGAGCUCUUCUAGGGCCACGAGUCAAUCUCGCAGUCAUUCGCCGUCGACACAUGGCUGGGAGCCAGGUAUGCCGCUCCCACCACCACCUCCGGGGCCUCCUCCUACCGCCAGGUCGCAAAGUGUGAGUGGCCUGUCAGAGACAUCGGGAAUGCGGAACUCGCAGAUCUCGACGCGAAGACGGCCGCCCCCCGUUAUGGGAACUGGUUUGGAUAGCAUCCCACCAACUCCCGCCGGCUGGGUUGAUGAGGGAUCGGGCCAGAGCAGACACAGGCGGGAUAGGGAACUCCCGAACAUUGACACAUCCAGCGCGGCCCUAGCUAAUCGCGGGAUUACUGGGUCAGAAUCCAGGGAUCCCACCUACGCCUCUCAAAGUUCAGCCAACAGUGGUCUCUUCCGUAGCCCAGCUAUUCGAGACGCAAGCGCCAAAGGUAUUCGCGAGAGGCGUAUCGAACGCCGAAAUAGACAGAGUCAAGUUUUCGAAGACUACAGCGCCGUCUCAAGCAGUAGCAAUCCUUGGGCCGAUGCUCUAGAUCAAGUGAAGCCUUCCGAUCUCGUCCUUGACAACUCAAACGCUAGUCAUGGAAACGGGCGGCACCCCAACUCAACGAAGUUUACGCCUCGAAGCACCGCUAGCGCCGGCUCUGACGGGCAGCAACUUGGCACACGGUCGAGGGCAUCCUCUACAGGUCUGUUCUCAGGCCGUUCCUCCUUCUCCACUCCCAGAGCGGAACCCAGUCCGGCAGGGCCACUUCGCACCUUUGCUCAAACUCCACCAUUCUCACCCGACAACGAGAAUGUAUCCCCAACAUUCGCUAAGGCCGCAGCCUCGCAGGCUUUGCCACCAAAGGCUCUCCCAACACCCCCAUUGCAAUCGGGUCAAGACCUGAGAUCAUCGGCACGGUUGACCCCCAGUGAGGAACGUCCGGUUUCCCACAUAUUACACCUUCCUAACGAUUCUUUGCCCGCUGUGGCUCCGCUGUCUCCCCGACGCCUGGCAGCACAGCAAGGAUCGUCCCUGGACUCUGUUCUCAGUCAGGAUUUGGGGUUUAUUCGUGAUGCCAUGCAGAGACACAAAGAAUUCAUCGAGAAGGAGGCAAGCGCUGUCAACGAGACGGAGGCCUUGAGAAUCUUCGCGGAUUUCAUCAUUGCCGAGUCUCAGAUCAGACGCGAGAGAUACGGCAAAGUCUGGGACUCGGGCACUUUCGAUGUUGAGGCAGCCCGCCGCAAGCUGUUUGAAUUGCCGCCAAAGCCAAUUGUCGAACCCCAGAACAACAUUGCAGCGACUGUAUCCCUUUCUCGGCAGCCUUCACGCGGGCCACGAGCAGUACCGGCAUUAGACAUACCUACAAGCCGCCCUGAAACUGCCUGGUGGAGCAAUUACAAGCCUUGCUUGUCACCCAUCGCGAGCAUGAGUAUGAGUAACGACGAGAUGAGCUCCAGGGGCCGGGCACCCAGUCGCUGGUGGGAGUCGAAAACUGGCUCAGAGAGUGAGGGCGGCGAACGAAAGGUUCAGCGAUCGAAGCGAGAGUCAAAGUACAUGGGAGUGCCUCGGGAGGCUAUGCAAUGGGCGGAAGGGCAGGAGUCUUUUGGCGCGAGUCAACAAAGCUACGAAUCAAAUGCAACGAGUCAAUACGCCGCUUAUGGAUCAGACGAAUACCCGCCUGAAAAAGUCGGAUGGCAUGAAGAGCAAGAGCCCGCUCCCUCGGACUUCUCCAGCUCUGCGCCACGUCAUGGAUUUGGACGGACGAGGGAAGUCCAGAAACUCGAUGUCUCAAGGUUGAUUACUUUACCACCACCUUAUCCACGGCAUCACCCUGCUGUUAACAACAGCCACCCCGACCUCGUUGCCUACCGAACGCUGGUGCGAUCAAUCAGCGAUCUCUCUGAAAUCAAAGCAACAAGACAACGGCAUCAAUCCGAAGUGGAACGCUUAUUAAAGAGCCAUCGGGAGACAGUUGACGAAGGUCGUCGGCAGUUCAAAGCCAACAUUCAAAGCCAGAUCCAGCAAGGUAGUAUAACCUUCGCGGAGGCCGCCGAGGCUGAAGCCGCUUUGAUCGAAGAAGAAAACCGACUUGAGAGGGAAUUGGUUAAGAAAGAGCUGGAUACGUACCAAGAGUCGGUCAUGAACCCGACACACGCUAUUCUAACGGACCGAAUCAACCGAGCCACCACUUGCAUUGACGAAUUGAUCGGAAAGUUGUUUGAUGAUGCGCAGCAUGAAACUCCGGACCAGACUCAAGAAGAGGGCGACGAGAAGCCGGAAUUACUGGAGAAGCUUAAACAACUGAAAUGGCUGUUCGAAGGCCGGGAAGGGUUGCAUCGGGAAGCGUACGAGCUUGUUGCAGAUCGCGAUGAGAAGUAUAAAGCCGUUGUCCUGCUACCCUAUAGACAGAAGGGAAACGAGGAGAAGAUCCGCGAGACCAACGCCUUCUUUGCCCAAGAUGCUCUCGACCGACGAGUGGCGUACGAAGCAAAAGCGCUGUCCCGUCUCGAAUCCUUCCUAAGUGUAAUCGAGGAGAAUGUGGUUCGGGGGGUCGAGGUACAGCUGUCAGCGUUCUGGGACAUUGCACCCUCUCUACUGGCUCUGAUCCAACAAAUUCCGAACGACCUUCGUGGCUUCCAGAUACAGAUCCCUGCCAAAGAGUUUGAAGAGAACCCGAGUUACCACGAGCACCCGCUACAGUACCUCUACACGCUCCUGUCGCACGCGGAGAAAUCCAGCUAUCAGUUCAUCGAGUCUCAAAUUAAUCUGUUCUGCCUGUUGCACGAAGUGAAGUCUGCUGUGAUGGGAGCCAACUGUAAGCUUAUGGAGGCCCAGCGUAUCCGCCAGGGCGAAGCAGAGGAUGCUGUGCGACGUGAAAUGCAAGAAUCCCGGGCAGAGGAAGAGCUCGCGUUGACCAACGAUCUCAAAGAUAAAGUCGCUACAGUGGAGGGCCAAUGGACUGAAGCCCUGGGGAGUCAGAUACAGGACCUCCGAGAGCGAGUGAAGACAUAUCUUAUGAAUGAACAUGGCUGGGAGGAAUUGGAGCAGUUGGAAGAGGCAUGA